UCCGGAGCGUUUAGUCAACCUGGUGGCGCCGAAGAACCAACUGUCGGCGGCGGAGCAGCAACCUGCCGGAGUCGGAGUCGUAGUGAACGGAGUGAAGAGGCGCGAGUCGAGGAGAACGAGGUGCGACGUACACGCGGAGCAUUCGUAGUGAAAUUCAGUGGCGAACGGGUUCGAAUCGAAGUUAUUCGCGUGUUUUUCUCCGUGGUACCGCGCCCGGUGUGUGCGGGCGCGCGCGCGCGCUCGAGUUCUGUGAGUCUCGCGAGAGCCAGGAGAAAGAAACCUAGAGGCGAAACAGGUGGGACACGAUGGUAGCCAAGGACCCGAGGAUGGUCACCGCGGAGUUGAUGAACCCGUACGAGAAACCGCCGAGCAUGUCGGUCAGCCAGUCUAUGAGGACCUUUCUGUACAAUCGAGAGACCGGCGCGUUCAUGGGCAGGACCGCAAGUAGCUGGGGUAAAAUCGGGCUCUUUUACUUGAUAUUCUACGGUGUCUUGGCGGCACUCGUUGCCAUUUGUUUCUGGGGAUUCUUCCAAACGCUCGAUCCGAGAAUACCAAGGUGGCAGCUGGAGCGAUCCAUCAUCGGAACAAAUCCAGGAUUAGGAUUCAGGCCGAUGCCACCGGAAGAGAACGUGGAAAGCACUUUGAUUUGGUACAGAGGCACCGACAGCGAGAAUUUUAAGCACUGGGUUGAUUCACUACAAACUUUUUUAAAAGAUUAUAUCACGCCCGGAACCGUUCUUGGACUUGGUGCUAACAUUAACAAAUGCGAUUACAACCAGCCACCGCCACCCGGGAAGGUUUGCGACGUCGACGUAAAAAAUUGGCACCCCUGCACUAAAGAGAACAGAUUUAACUAUCACAAAUCUGCUCCCUGCAUUUUCCUCAAAUUGAACAAGAUUUACGGCUGGAGACCAGAAUUUUACAACGACACUGAACACUUGCCGGAAAAAAUGCCACUCGAACUCAAGGAACACAUUGCGAGCUUGAAGGGGAACAAUUCCCUGCAGCUAAACACGAUUUGGGUAUCCUGCGAAGGCGAGAAUCCUGCCGAUCAAGAGAAUAUUGGGCCGAUCAGUUUCUUGCCGCGACAUGGUUUCCCGGGCUACUUUUAUCCUUAUGAAAAUUCUGAGGGUUAUCUCAGCCCACUUGUCGCGGUGCACUUUGUCAGACCACGAACUGGAAUCCUGAUAAAUGUGGAGUGCAAAGCGUGGGCGAAGAAUAUCAAGCACAGUCGUAACGACAAAAUCGGUGCAGUUCACUUCGAGCUGAUGAUAGAUUAACGAAAUCUACAAGCAGCCCUACACUUCCCGCGCAGCCUUCUGAACCAAAUUCGACGAGCGUCCUGUAGGUUGUCGGGACAGCAGCUGGGCGAGCCUUUACCUUCCAAAUAUUAAAGUCGCGAGAAGAGCGUGUCUCUCUCCGAUCCUGAACGACAUUAAUCGAGUACAAAAAAGAAAGAGAGUUUUUACGACAGGCGUUCCUGAAAAUUCUAAGUGGACUAUAUAUGCACCGCGGUGAAAAUUCGAGUUUCUGAGAGCACACGUAUGUGUACGUUGAGCGAGAAUAUCGACAAGAAUACAUUACGUGCAUCAAGAAGCCAAAGGUUUAAGCGAGGAAAUGUCGAAAUUAUUGAGACUAUUAUCACUGAGAUGUUUUUAUUGAACUAAUCACUUUCAGAGAUAUUUGUCUUCCAUGUCACAUAUAUCAUUUCAAACUUAUCAAUUUUAAUAAUAUCGUGUAAUCGUGAUAAAAAUAUCUUUAGAAUAUAUUUUUUAUUACAGAAAAAAAUUGUUAAUACAUGAAUCGCUACAAUUUCUUUUAAAAUUUGCGCAAGAUAGAACUGAGAUUUCUCCUCUGAAGAAAAAUAUGCUAGCUUCUAGAACAGUGCUUGGAGUUAUUUGCACAUUUCAGGCGAUUUUCGGGAACUACGCCUACUACUACUUCCCCUUACCGCGCACUAACACGCUAACACGUCAUUCAGUGUCGUACAUCUAAUGAGCGAUAGAAUAAUGUGUUAUCAUAGCACGUCCCUCAAACGUACCAUAUUAUAUAUCGAGUUGUCUCAAUACAUGCUUUCAGCUAUUGAGGUGUGUUUAAGGAGCGCGUUAUCAACGCUAACAUAUUAUUCUAUCCUUAUCGUUCAUUAGAUAUACAAGAAUUGAAUGAUAAAGCAUGUUAGCUGAUCAGCGCAUUCUUCGAACGCAUCUUUAAUAAAUAUCGUAUAAAUAAUGUCGCCUCAUAAUGUCCAACGUUUCUAAGGCGGCGAGCUGCGAUCAGUUGUGAGGCGUAGCUCCCGAGAAUCGCCCGAAAUGUGCAAAUAAUGCCGAGCACUGUUCUAGAAUACCUACAUUGCUAAUUUCAAGGAUAAUCGUCGGCAAUGUACCGUCACUUUUCACAUGCGUUAUUCUCGUCGAUACUCGCUGCAUAUAUUUACGGCUUAGAAAAGUCCUCUCACGAGUUCAAUGUGUGUGCAAUCUAGAGCUUUGGGAACGAACGACAGGAUAGGAUAGUGGAAUCUCAAAGGAUCGUAGCCUUCGUUUACACGUGCCUUCCUUUGCUCGUAAGCGCAAUUUAUUUGUAAAAAAAAUCCGACCAAUGUAAUAGAAUAUAAAAGAAUAUCAUUUAAAGAUCAUUUUAAUACUCAUUAGCUGCGUAGAGUUUGUAUAAUCGGUCGUGCUGAUGACAGCGAUCGGAAGACUUUUUCAACGUUUAAAUGACAAUAGUAAUUAAUGUAUUCAUAUAAUGUCAUACGUCAGAUAAUAUCAUAUCUCUUAUCGUAUUGGAACGUUGAUAAUUUUUUUUCUUACAUAGAUGAUAAAAUAAUCAUGAAAUAGAUAGUAAGCGUAUAACUUUUAUAAACAAGCAGGAAUGACGUAUGUCAAGUAUAUGAUAAUAUUUAAGAUAUUUGGAUCCCAUAUAAUUGUUAAUAUAUAACCAAAAUUUAACAAAUUCUGUACAAAUUUUACGAAUUUUAAUGAAUGGCAUAUGUCAUACACGCCAGUAUUUCAUAAUAAUAAAAGACAGAUUUUUUAAUGUAAUGCAAAAGGUGUAAGUUAAAGUAUAAUAAAAAAAGAUUGACGUACUUUAUUUUUAUAUGCAUAUGCUCUUAUUCCAUAAAUGAAAUUUCAAAUUUGGAAUAUUGAUUAUAAAUUGUUUGUUUUGUAAAAAUCAUUUUGGAAGUAAGGUGACUUUUCCUUCUUUCUCUUCUUUCUUAAAACAAAAAAGUGAUUGUGUUUAUAGAUAUGAAGUGUAUAGAAAUAUGACAUAAUGGCUUAGUCCAAAGAAAGUGUAUUAAGCCUGCUUAACGACACAGAUUAAUGAUAAAAAAAAGUAUCAUAUUUUCUACGUUAUUUUAUUCAAUGUAAUGGUAUCGACAUUAUUUUGCUUCUUCUCAUAUAAUUACGAUUUAAUAAGCACAUGAAAAUAUUUGUGGAAAAGCGAAUAAAUUUCAGUUUUAUCUCGGCGCAGUUAAUGUACAGUGUAACGUCUGUGUAGUGUAUUUUGUCGUAAUUAAGUCGUAAUUAAGUUGUAAUUAUGUGAGCGCAAUUGUUAGCUAAUAGCGGAUUUUGAAAAACCAAUAUAAGAAUCUCUUUCGAAAUGCGAUAAAGAUAUAUCGAAGAUAUAUUAAAAUGAGAAGAUAUAUCGCAAACAAUUUUACUUCUCUAUUGAAAUUUGUUUGUAAUUAUUAACAAAGCGUAAGAGUUUGCGUGCAUUUUUUUGGUUCAAUUAUAAUCAUUUCUAUUUGCAAUGUUUUUUUGUAGAAUAUUAAGCAACAAUAUUAAAUUGUUGUAUGGUAGUGUUAGCAGAACAUUACUUCUUAUUUAUAUUCUAAUUAUCUCAAAGGCUCAGAUUACGAGAAACGAUUAUUCCACAAUAAAAAAUGUUUUAGUCUUUAGUUAUCGAUAAUUUAGUUCUCAGAUAUCGGUAGUAAUAGUUGAUUCGUAGGCUUCCUUUCGUACGAUUAGGCGUAAACAUUAUCUUUCUUAUAAUUCUCUGUAUAAUUUAAUAUAGAUAAUAGUAGAUUGCAAAAUCUGAAAAAAUACUGACUGCUAUUACCACCGCAGCAUACGAAAGAGAAAUUUUUACAAUAUGACAGAUUUCGUAACUGAAAUUAUACCUCAAGAGACAUCAUGUGGGUACAAAUAUCUUGUUAUCUUACGGUACAAUUAAUUUAUUUUCAACUUUAUCCCCCCGUUUUUAUCCGUUCUUUCAGUCGUCAAUUUUGUGUGUGUUAUAAAAUAAAUGUUGUUUUCACGUAAAA